UUUGAAUUUUUGAUUAAUGGCUGAUGAUAGGAACGAUGCAACUUCUUAGAAUAAUAAUUUCAUCUUUUUAAAUACUUCUGAGUAGGGAAUUAAUGAAAAUGUUCAAAGUUAGAAAUUCAGAAAAAAAAAAUUAAAGACUAUUUAUUCAAAAGUAAAAUAUUGGAUUAGUCUAGAGGAUUUGAUAAGGAAGAAAAUAGUUGGUUGUAGAAUAUAUACAAAUGAGUUAAAUGGACAAUUUCCAUACGAAAAAAGUAUGGAUUUAAUUAAUUAGAUAAAAUUUGCAGAAUAUGCAUAUAAGAUGAUUAAUCUUCACAAUUCAUUUCACCAUGUAAAUGUAAAGGUUCAACAGAGUUUGUCCAUGAAGAAUGCUUAAAAAUGUGGGUUUUAUAAUAAUUCGGUGUGAAUAAGAUAUUUAAUCGAGAAGUAGUAGUUUUAUAAAUAUAUUUUUAGUUAUACUGCGAAAUUUGUAAAUAUAAAUUAGAAUAUAGAGUAAAUUUUGUUAAUCGAUUUGAUAUGUUUCAAAUCAGAAAUAUCAAAUUGUCAACAAAACUUUGCUGGAUCAUUCAGGUAAUCAUUAUGGCAUUAUGCAUUUAUGCAUAAAUUUCAAUCGUCCAAAGAUUUGGAAUCAAUUCUUUGUCAACAAUCUCAAUAUUUAUAGCAAUCUGUUUGGUAAUCCUUGUGAUAAUUAUACAAUUUUGCUUUAGUGUUUUAUCAGCUGUUAAAAUAGAAAUGGUGGAGAAGUGGGAAUUUUAUAAUUAUAAGCCUUCUUGUAGAAUUUUGAAUGGCCAACUUGAAAUGCCUGGCAAUUUUUUAAAGGUCAAUUUGAUUCACUGUCUUUGA